CUUAUCUAAAUCUUAUACUUAUCCGUCGACGACGAGCACAAUGAUCUUUCUUGGAGAUUUGUCGUCUUUUUUUCUUUCUGCAUUUCCUAUGAUGUGAAAUGAUGUCAGCGACCCAACAAACAAGCGACCUCUUCCCAUCUGCACCUGUGACAAGAUUUGAACCUCACAUGCCCCGUCGUGGUGUUGUAUUGGUGAAAAUGAAGCAGUAGCAAAUGUAAAACUAUAAAGUUGAAGUUGUAUUUUUAUCAUGUGCCUUUUUGAGCGAGAAUAUCGGUGGCGGGAAACCGUAAGAAUCUGAAGAAAUAUGUUGCUUGUCGAAGAAGGCAACUCGGCGGGCACCAGGAAGAUCACGUCGUCUUCUAUGCCCGGACGACAGGAGCCUGCACCAGUCUCCCUCCAGCAUCAGGAUGGCGAGCUAGUACCUGCUGAACUCCCUCCGGAGCUGCAAGAGCAGCCUCCAACCAUGUCCAAGCGCGCUGCCAACAAGUUGCUUCACAAGCAGAGCAAGCGACUCCGGCGCCACGACGACCGCGUGAAGAAGCACGAGGAAUUGCUUGAAAAGGCGAAGGAACUGCGCAAGGAAAUAUCACAAGAUCUGCCGCGGCUGACGGUCCCAGAUGCAUCGCUCUAUCAAAACCUCAGGGAAUUUUGCGAAACGGAAAUUCUGAAGGGAAAAGAAGCGUCUAUUGAUGAAGGAUAUCCUCACAAUCAUGAAGAGAGCUCUGACCCAUCUACGGCGGAGGGCAUUGUUGGCGCUUUCCUUCGGCGACCGACCGCUUAUCAUGCCAAGUACGCCGCCCAAGAGCUCUGUCUCGCAUACCAGGUCUGGCGAUUGAUUCGCGCACAGGAGCAGAGGUCGUGCCGGGGGGAGACUGGAAGAGCAUCACAAGCAGCGGCGAGGACGACCACGACGAACGGUGAAAGGACAUUACAACGACCCGUAGACGCUCUUGUGGAUGUUGGGGCCGGAAACGCGAAUCUCAGCCUUUUUCUCGCUUUGCUGUUCGAUCUGCCGGUGCUGAUGGUGGAAAUGGACUCCCCAAGAAAGGAAUUGCGGGGCGAAGAGUGUCUUCCUACAGAUGAGGGUGGUGACAGGGAAGAUGUUGAUGACCAACGAGGCACUUUGGCAAGGGAGGUCAGAAGAAACCUAAUCCGCGUUCCAGACACGAGGAUAGAAGGCUACACACUGCCGAGCGAGUACCAGAGUGUCAUCGUUAUCGGCAAGCAUCUGUGCGGCCCAGGAACCGACGCGGCGAUCGAGUUUAUCGCAAGAAAUGAAAGUCGGGUCGCCGGAUGCGUGUUCGCCACGUGCUGCUUCAACAAAAUUUGCAACGACCAUUACUUCGCAGAAUGCUAUGGCGAUUUGCUGUUGAGAAACAAGAAAAACACGUCAGUCGCAGAGGUGGAAGGUCGUCGCGAGGACAACUUUGUUUGCGAGAGCGUGGAAGCCGAGGACGACAGCACAGGAGAUCAUGACGCAACUUCCGCAGCAAUUUCGAGCAUACAAAUCAAACAGCGCAUCCAAGAGCUGGCGCGCAUGACUUCGUGGCGAAACACGCAUCUUACCGAUAACAGCCUGAUUAGCGAGCCGAUGCUGCGAGAAGCCGAAUUUUUCGAGUCCUGGAUCCAGCAAUCGAGAAUACACCGGCUCAAGCAAAUUUUCACUGCGAGCGACGUGGACGAAUUUCUCUACUGCCGCAGCGGCGCGCAUUCGCAACAGAACAGGUGCCUAAUCGCAGGAACAACGUCAAGAGCUAAAAGAAGUCACCAGAAUGACCAAGUCGAAAGCUGCGACACACAAAUACAACAAACAGACGCUGAGAGGGUACCAGCCGAGGACUACUUGAGCACCGAACUUCCGUCUUUUUGGCAACGGAUAAGGCAUCGUGCGCACUUUCUUUCCUCGAUAUUACCAAUCGACCUGAGACCCGUCGGGCUCGUCUCAGCGCGAUACAACUUUGAUGGCCGGGGCUUGUUGAAGAAGGCUGGAAAAGACUUAGAUAUCUGUCCAACAGUAGCAGAGGUGGACGAAGAAGACAUUCUUGACGGAUCCACUGCUUCCUCUCUAGCAGAAGUAGUCCCUUCGACUUGACGUUGACGAGGACCUCCACCCUCACACUCGUGCGCCUGACAACUGGCUUCUUGAACACAAUAAAUGAUGAAAGUAGAUCGAACAAAAGUAGUUCUUUUUUACCGAGCAGCACUUUCACCGGCGACCUCAAUCUUCAACGACGCAUCCCUACAGCAGCAU